GUCGCUGCUGGGCGGCCGCCGGCGGGAUUGCUCUAGGGAGACGCGGGGACCAAGUGGCAGCGACUCGGACAUCUGAGCUGCCACUGCCGAAAACGGGCCCGCAAGGCAGUUCUAUAGGUCAGAAGUCUGACACAGGUCUCACCGAGCUAACAUCAAGGUGUGGGCAAGGCAUCAUUCCUUACUAGAAGCUCUGGAGAGAUUCCGCUUCCUUGCUCAUUCAGAUAAUCAAUAUGCGUUUCCAAGGCUUUCGGCUAUGUUUGGGUCUUCUUUUCAUCUCAAUUAAUGCAGAAUUUAUGGAUGAUAAUGUUGAGAUGGAAGACUUUGAUGAAAAUUCAGAAGAGAUUGAUGCUAAUGAAAAUGAAUUCUCCUCAGAGAUUAAAUAUAAGACACCUCAACCUAUAGGAGAAGUAUAUUUUACGGAAACUUUUGAUAGUGGAAGGUUGGCUGGGUGGGUCUUAUCAAAAGCAAAAAAAGAUGAUACAGAUGCGGAGAUUUCUAUAUAUGACGGAAGAUGGGAAAUAGAAGAAUUGAAAGAAUAUCGAGUACCUGGUGACCGAGGACUGGUGUUGAAAUCUAGAGCAAAGCAUCAUGCAAUAUCUGCUGUAUUAGCAAAACCUUUCAUCUUUGCUGAUAAACCUCUGAUAGUACAAUAUGAAGUAAAUUUUCAAGAUGGUAUUGAUUGUGGAGGUGCAUACAUUAAACUCCUAGCAGACACUGAUGGUUUGAAUCUGGAAAACUUUUAUGAUAAAACAUCCUAUACCAUUAUGUUUGGACCAGAUAAAUGUGGAGAAGAUUAUAAACUUCAUUUUAUCUUCAGACAUAAACAUCCCCAAACUGGAGUUUUUGAAGAGAAGCAUGCCAAACCUCCAGAUGUAGACCUUAAAAAGUUCUUUACAGACAGGAAGACUCAUCUUUAUACCCUUGUGAUGAAUCCAGAUGACACAUUUGAAGUAUUAAUUGAUCAGAUAGUUGUUAACAAAGGAAACCUACUAGAGGAUGUGGUUCCUCCUAUCAAUCCUCCCAAGGAAAUUGAAGAUCCCAGUGAUAAAAAACCUGAUGAUUGGGAUGAAAGAGCAAAAAUCCCUGAUCCUUCUGCUGUCAAACCAGAAGACUGGGAUGAAAGUGAACCUGCCCAAAUAGAAGAUACAAGUGUUGUUAAACCUGAUGGCUGGCUUGAUAAUGAACCGAAAUUUAUUCCAGAUCCUAAUGCUGAAAAACCCAUUGACUGGAAUGAAGACAUGGAUGGAGAAUGGGAGGCACCUCAGAUUUCUAAUCCGGCAUGUCAGAUUGGGUGUGGCGAGUGGAGCCCUCCCAUGAUAGGUAACCCAAAAUACAAAGGAGUAUGGACACCUCCAAUGAUAGAUAACCCUAACUACCAGGGUAUCUGGAGUCCUCGAAAAAUUCCUAAUCCAGAUUAUUUUGAAGACAAUCACCCAUUUCUUCUGACUUCCUUCUGUGCUCUUGGUUUAGAGCUUUGGUCCAUGACCUCUGAUAUCUACUUUGAUAAUUUUAUUAUUUGUUCGGAAAAGGAAGUAGCAGAUCGCUGGGCUGCAGAUGGUUGGGGAGUGAAAAUAAUGAUAGAAAAUGAUAAUGAGCCUAGUAUAUUCAAACAGUUGACGGCAGCUGCUGAAGAGCGCCCAUGGCUUUGGUUCAUUUAUCUUGUGACAGCAGUGCUUCCAAUAGCAUUAAUUACUUCAUUUUGUUGGCCAAGAAAAGUAAAGAAAAGAUAUGAAGAUGCAGAGUUCAAAAAACUGGACAUAUGUAAACCACAAACAAAGGGGGCACUAGAGCAAGAAGUAAAGGGAGAGAAAGCAGCCCUGGAGAAACCAGUAGACUUGGAAGAGGAAAAACAGCAAAGUGAUGGUGAAAUUCUUGAAAAAGAAGAGGAAGGUGAACCUGAGGAAAAGAGUGAAGAAGAAAUUGAAAUCAUAGAAAGACAAGAAGAAGGUAAUAAAUCAAAUAAGUCUGGGUCAGAGGAUGAGGUAAGCAACUCUUUAACAGAAAAUAAACUAGUUUCUAUGUAUGACUGUUAUUCCAUAAAAAAAUAUUUAAUAAAAGCAAUCUGGUUUUUGAAGAAUUUUUUGCCAUAUUUCUCCCAGCUUUCUUAAGAGCAUACAUAUUGCUUUAAAAUGUAUCCUUAAGGAAAGCAUGAAAAUAAUGUAAUUUAUGUCCUCUUAAUGCCUAAUGAAACAGUAUAAAGUAAGCCUUUGGUUUACAAAAUAUAAAGAGAGAGCUACGUCUGUAAAAAAUGACUUCAUUAAAGUGUUUUGUUGAAAGGUGUAAUAAGCAGACCAUCUGAAUAUUUAAAAAGUAAGUCUGUUUAUUACAAGACAAUUUUCUUUUAGCCAUUGUGAAAACGUUCUCACUGUCACAGUUAUUUACUGUAACAUUUUGAAAGAUUGCAUUCAUUGGGUAGUUGAGUACUAUGCCUGGUAAUGGUGUUUUUCUCAAAUCUUUAAUAAACUAGUUUUUCAUUAACUUGAUAUGUCUGCCCCCUUUUCCAUCCUGAUGUAUGACAGAACUUUCCACAGUGCCUUUUUUUAUAGUCAGUUAUUAUGGAAUCAGAAACCAUCCAGGUAUAAUUCAGAACCCGAGCUUUCUUCUUUCACCUAGUAUAUACCCACCAAGCCUGUUUUCUCUGCUUCUCUAGCCCUCUAAGAGCUGCAUAACCCCACCUGCCGGUCACCGUCCCCAGCACUCUCAUAGCUUAGAGUUAGGUAGGGUAAAGGUCCGUUAUGCCUGGACUGUUGCAUGUGAUGAGAUAAACUUGCUAUUUUGUUUAUUUGAAGAAAUCUUCCAGAUAAACUUCUGUUGUUAUUGUUUUAAUUGUUUUCUAAAGCUUAUUCGGUACAUAUACCUGGUUACUGGUCUUAGCUGCCUAGUGAGUUUUUUUUAAAUGGGCUUUGGGGCUCAUUAUCUAGUAUGAAUAUCUUUAUUUAGAGGGAGCUGGGUGAAGAUAAUUUCUUUCAGAACAGAGUUUUAAGCAGUCCUUGUUUCCCGCCGUCACUCUUUUAAUAAUAAUAUUUGGAAUCAUUCACUGAAUGUGUAUUCUAGUUAUAUUUUGCUUUGUAAAAUAUUUUGUGUACUUUUAAAAGUAUCUAAAUUCCAUCUUUUCAGUCUUUUAAUCUUCUUAUAUGUUUGUCAGUGAGCUAAAAUAAAUCAAUUUUUAUAUAAUAUAACCUUUAGAAAUAAUUAUAACUAUUUUGUAUAAUACCUGCAUUAUUUUAUUGUUAUACAAGUUUAAUUUAUAUAUAAAUGAUUAUUCUGGAAGGAUAGAAUUAAAGGAGAGAAAAAGCCCAAACCAUAAGUUUAAUGUUUCCCUUUCCUCUCUGUUAAUUUUUCUCAAAGUGUUAGGUACCAGAAGUUCUGAAAAAGUCUCUGUAAAACCAGCUCAGCAAUUCAUUACUUACAGAAACAUUGUGAUGUAUAGUUAAUGCUUAAUAUCCCACAAUGAAAAUAUCAUGUAACCUUUAAUUAACCAUGACAUUAGAUUAAGUUGUAAAUCAUGAAAUAAAAUCAUGAAUUGAGUUAUUAGCAUUAUUCCUUGUCAGAUGCAUAUUUGACAAACAGUUAUUCUAAAAAUGUAAUCAUGGCAAAAGAUGAACAAAUUGAAACAUCAAUUUAUAUACACGUUUUUGAUCAGUUAUUAAGUAAAGGACCAUAAAAAUAAAGAUAUAUACAUAUAUAAACAUAAAGAUGUUUUGUUAGAAACAUGUAUUUUAGAGAAUAAGAAAUACAUUAUUUACUAUUCUCUACUAGUUGCCCACUGUAUGAAAAUAAACGUUUUCAUUUUUUUUUCCCCAGAUGAGGGAAGCAGAUGAGGGCACAGGAUCUGGAGAUGGGCCAGUAAAGUCAGUACGCAAAAGAAGAGUACGAAAGGAGUAACCUGUAUUCAAGUAUUUUUAAUUCCUAAGAGAGAGAGUUGGCAUUCUCAAGUGAACUAGACUCAAUCUGCACAUCCUGUUUCUACUAUCUAGCAAUGAUAUUCUUCCAGACAUUUAUUUUAAUCUUAUUUUUCAGAAAAAAAAACACUUUGAAGUUAACCUGGUCUUUGAAUUUAGAAUAAAAGAAAAGUGGCACAUUACAUGUCAAAUUUUAAGAGAUUAAUAGCAUUAGAAGUUACACAGUUUUAAUAGUUUGGAGAAAGUUUUGGUUUCUACAGAGCAAAAUAAUAUGCAGCAACUUCACUGCUAUUGGAAGAAUCAGUUAUUGGAAUUUCCCCUUAAACGGCUAUACUACAGUAUAACUGGUAGUUCCACAGUAUACAUAAGAGUGAGUUCUGUUGUACAGAGCUAAAUGCAAUAAAGUUUCUGUAUGGUUGUUUGUUUCUAUCAACAAUUGAAAGUGUUGUAUGUGACCCACAUUUACCUCCUUUGUGUCAAAUUAUAGUUAUGGUCCAUUGUUCACGUAAAUUAUAGAGUCCUUUAAAGAGGUGCUUUGUUGACAGACAAAUCAACAAAACUGAAAUGUCUAUGUGUCAUUCAUAGAAUCACUGGUCAAUAGUGCAGCAUACUUAUAUUUGAAUACAGAGAUAAGAGGUUUAUCAAAACGAAAUGGUGUACAGAUUUUUUUGAAGCUGUUACAGUUGUUUUAUGCCAGAAUGGCUUACUCUGUUUACAAGAUUGCUUAUGCCUACAUUGCUCUUGAAAAUAACAUUUAAAUAUUUUUUCUUCUUUAAAUGAUACCAUCUUUAAUAGGUAAAUUAUUAUUGGGGAGUCUUUCUUUUAUCUGAUCAUUAAGAGAUUGUAAUGGCUAAUAGAUAUCAAUCAUCAUGCUUUGUAUUUUUAUCUUUUUUCUGACAAAGUCAAAUCUAUCUUCUGACAAAUUCAAAUCUAUUGUCUCAUCUAGCUUCAAAGCUGCCUCUAUGGUAGACUAUUGCUCCUCUUUUUAAAACACAGUUGACCCUUUAACAACAGAGGUUUGAACUGCGUGGGUCCACUUAUACACAGAUUUUGUUUUCAAUUAAUUCUAUAGAACUACACGGUAUGUUGAAUCCUCUGAUGCAGAAUCUGCAGAUAAGGAUGGUCAACUAUGGGACUUGAGCAUCUGUGGAUUUUGGUAUCUGCCACGCGUCCUGGAACCAAUCCCCCAUGGAUACCAAGGAACGACUGUAGGUACCAAAAGUCACAGAAGUACAUUAUAGUAGAGCUGUAUUAUUCCAUUUAACAUAUUUAAGAAUUUUUCAUGUUUGGGUGACAGACCCUUUGGAAGGUGAUCUAAAUCUUUGAGACCAUGGAGCUACUUUAAUACCAACUAUCUAGAGAACGCUAUACUAGUUGGGUAAUAUUUUGGAUUCCUUCAUGGACAUAUACAUCCCAUCCUUGGGUAAGCCCGCCUCCUGUACAUCCCCCUCCCCAGUAGUACAUUUAAAGCUUAUAUAUAAGGAAAAGGAGCCUCUAGCUUCUCCUCUGACAUAAAGGAAGCCAAACACAGCCAGUAUAGCCACUAUUCACUCCUUAUUUCAGGGAGUGAACUGAAAAUGAAAAUAAGUGCUUUAUUCCAUUGCUGUGUUCUGAACUUUCCAUAAAUUGGUGGUGGACAAUCUUAAUAUGUAGUUAACCAUACUUUGUAUUUAUUUAAUACUGACUAAACUUAACGCAUCUUGCAAGGACUCCCUUUCUUGCUUUGUAUUUGGAAUGUCCAAGUGAACUAGAUAUACUGAAUGAUUCUAGAUGAGAUUGUUUCUGAAAGUAAAUUACUACUUCAUGAGAUAAAUCCUUUCUUAACUUUAUGGAAAACUUCUUGCCGAAAAGUGUCUUAUAUAUGAUCAUUUUUUUCUAAAGAUUAUUAAAGCUGUUUUUACUUU